GCUGCAAUCGACUGGACCGAAGCGGAGGAGAGGAAGCUGGUUCGCAAGAUUGACUCGAUUCUCAUGCCGCUUCUUAUUCUUGGCUUCUUUGCUCUUCAAUUCGAUCGUGGGAACAUCGGAAACGCGCUCACGGACCACUUUCUCAAAGAUGUGGGCAUAAAGCAGAACCAGUUCAACGUAGGACAACAACUGCUUUCAGUUGGUAUAGUUCUACUAGAGAUACCCAGCAAUAUCAUACUAUACCGCGUUGGACCGCGAGUUUGGAUCACUGGCCAGAUAUUCUGCUGGGGCCUCGUAGCGACAUUUCAAGCAUUCCAGAAGGGACUCGGCGCGUUCCUGGUCACUCGCCUCCUACUAGGCUUUUGCGAAUCUGGCUUCAUCCCCGCGUCUCUCUACACGAUGACAACGUGGUAUAAGCGCGACGAAACCAGCGCCCGCUUUGGUGCUUUCUUCAUUGGCAACUUCGCGGCGCAGGCCACCUCCGGGCUGAUCGCAUAUGGAGUGUUACAUAUGCGCGGAGUCUGCAACCUUGCAGGAUGGCAGUGGCUCUUCAUCAUUGAAGGACUCUUCACAAUCACAGUCUCGUUCAUCCUCAUGGCAUUCUUACCUAAGAACCCGUUCGAUCCAGUGCCAUUUACCAGGAUUCAGUACUUCAGCCAGCGCGAGAAGGACAUCAUCCGCCGGCGUGUCUUCCUCGAUGAUCCGACUAAGGAGAAGAAGUCUAAGAACAUCACCCGCGCAGAGCUACUUGAUACCCUUGGAGACUGGAAGCUGUAUCCCCAUGUGCUGAUGACCAUCGCCGGACUUGCACCCAGCAACACGAUGACAUCGUAUGCGCCGACGCUGGUAACCAGCUUUGGAUAUGGUCGAUUAAAGUCGAAUGCGAUCACGAGCAUCGGAAUGUGGAUCUUGACGGUUUUAGCAGUGCUCUGGGGCGUAAUGGCGGAUAAGUUUCACAGGCGGGGACCGCUGGUAUUUGGUGGCAUCGUUCCAUGGGCGGCGUUUGCGAUUGGCAGCGUCAUCGGAUCUUACCACCCCAAGCAGAAGAAGGCCAGGCUCGCAACCUUACUUCUCGGAAUCGGCUUCAGUAACGUCUGGCACCCUUGCAACGCGUCCUGGGUUGCUCUCAAUGCCAAAACACCCGGCGAGCGCAGUAUCCGCAUGGCGAUGAUGAUCAUGGGGGCCAACGCAGGCGGCAUCAUUGGGUCGCAGCUCUUCCAAUCAUCGGAUGCGCCCUUGUAUCAUACGGGAUGGGCUGCGAUUGCUGGUAUCAUUUGCUUUGGUGUUCUCAUGGCGAUAGUCUGCAACGUCCAAUACUGGGUCCUGAACCGGAGGAUUGAUAAAGGGUUAGCCACUGGUCUCGUCACGGGCGAGGCGGCGGCGGAGGUCGCACAGGGAGCAGUUGUGGGCGAGAAGUUCCGGUAUCGACUAUGAACAAUGGCUUUCGAUAGGGAAAACCAUCUACUCAAAGUUGUAUCCGUAGCUCGGUAGUCCGAACAGUGGAGGAAGCUAUGUUGGCGCUACUCUACUAAAAAAUAUUUAUUGUGGUAUGAGCAACUCACGGGUCUGAAGGCGUGCUCAUAUCUUAUUUUGUCC